AUGGGGUGGGGGAAGGAUUGGGCCGCCGUUGUUAAAUGUACUGGUCAUCCAAAGAAAUAUGAAAAUAAAACUGACCAACAUUACAUAGGCCAUGAGUACCGUGGUACCAGAAAACCUCAAAGUCCAGUGAAGCAUUUCCAAAAUGAGAAAUUAAGUCGCGUAAAGGAUGGACAAUUUAUUAGAGAAAGACAUGUAAAAAAAAACGGUAACGUAAAGGAAGAAAGACAUUUCAGAGAUGGAAAGAUGAAAGAAAGGAAACACAUACAAAAUGAUAAAGAAAAAGACAGAGGAAAAGUAAAAUAUGCCAAAGGAAAAGAUUCCACAUUACAGAAUAGUACCAGAAAUCAUCUAAAGGAAAUGAGACAUUUUCAAAACGGGAUAAGGGGGAAUUUAAAUAACGAUAAAUCAAAGUUUGCGGCAUCAGAGAAGAAUUCUAAAACUUUUGGAAAUCAGACGUCAAUCAAGCAACACAACAAAAGGAUGAGAAGUGCCACUGAAAAACGUUCGCAUGGGAAUAACACAUUACACAAGCGAAAGCACAAAGAGUCAAGACAUCAUAAGACGAAGCAUGAUAAAUCCAAACCGGAUUUUAGAGCACACGAUAGCGAUUCCACUGAGGAACUAUGGCCAGAAGAAUGGGACAACGACUGGAUGCAGAAAAAGUUGGAAGCACUCAAUUCGACCCAGGCUAGGGGAGACGUUAUUAAUAUGGCUGGUGCCAGGCCAUGGGCAUUUCCUUGUGGAGAUCCAAAUCAACAUGAUUUGCCAUGGGGCACUUGCAUGCGGGCUGUUGAAUGUGACGCCGAAUAUCGAAUCUAUCGUGGUGACUCUUUUUGUGGAAGAACUUCUUUAGUAUGUUGUGCACUUAUGUUGUCUAACUACGACUUUAAUAAUGGAAUUGAUAUAUCAUUUGGCGGCACGAGUUUCUCUUCAUCCGACGAAGACUACGCUAAGGCAAAUGAUUCAAAGGAAAUUAAGAAGAGGUUUAUAAAGAAAACAAGAGCGAAACGUAAGCAGGAAAGAGCCAUUAGAAAAAUGAGAAUGCAAAGAAGUAUCAGAAGUAUUAUACAAGAAAUAAAGACUAUUUUGAAACACGCUUAUAAUAAUAGAACAUUAGAAAGAAAGAACAAGGUUGAUCGUAUAAGAGAAUACAUAAAAAGAAUGAAGAAGCAAUACAGACAGGAGCGUAUGAAUCUCAUAAAAUUACAUCAUGAAGAGCAGACGGUAUUGGAUGAGAAGUUCCAAAGUAAGCUUAACCAGGUCAGAGGUAUGAACGAAGCAUUUAUGACUAAUGAUACAUUCAUGGAUAUUAUUGUCAACGGGACAGUAAACAAGUCGAAACUCAUGUCGUUGUUACGAGAUCACCCUCAAUUGAGGCCAUAUUUCAAGACCAGACGCUCAGGUAAUGGAGAGCCGUAUCCAAAGCUCGAUUUCAUGGAUGCGAAUUCUGAGAAUCGGGAAUAUGAUGUAGAAUAUGGAGUUCUCUAUUAUUGA